GACGGAUUGUUUAUGGAAUUAUUUAUGUUAUUUUAAUAAUAUCAUCUUAUGCUUUUCUUAUUUAUGGUUUUUUUGUCGCAAUACGGCAAGUAGAUAUUACACCAGCUUCUAAAAAUAAUACUUCAAUCCAUUUUUUAACCUCUCAUGGAUUAAUUGGCGUGGUACUGAUCGCUCUUUUAUAUGUCAUGAUACCAAUAUUGGCAAUAACAUCGUGUGUAACUAUUAGGAAGUUUGGGUCAUAUACAUCAGCAAAAACAACCGAAGAUUCUGAACUUGGAGAGCAUGAUACCAGUUUUAAAAGUAGGAUUGCAUUAUUUUUAAAUUUAAAAAAUUCUGAAGCAGAUGGUAAACAACCGAAAUCAUUUGAAGUUUCACGACCUGGAAAUCAAAAUGAAAGUACACGUCACCAAAGUAGAACAUCUAUGCUUAAUAAACCAUCCACUGAUUCAUGGAUAGGCAAACGAAAAAGCGUAACCAUUGCAGAUACUCCAACGUUCUUGAAUGCCACCUCACGUAACAAUGGUAAACAAAAUGGGAUCCCAAAUUCAAGGAGAACUUCACAAAGCACAGCUACAGGAUCAUAUCAUCAACGAAUAGAUUCAAAUGGUGCACCAACUAUGACACAAACAUUUGGUAAUUCACAUUAUGAUUAUCCACAACAAAGACCAAACUCUCUUCAAUUUCAUUCUUGUGCAGGAUAUCCAAGAGGUAAAAAUAGCAUAUUAGUAGCAUUAAUGGGAAAAUUUGGUGGUCGUGGUGAUGUGGAUGAAUAUAAUGACACAAAUGGUGGUUUGAACAAUGAUGAGAAUAGUCAAGCAAGUGGAAGUGAAUUUGGAGGUACAGAUAGUAGAUUUAAUAGUAUAAAUAAUAGGGCGAAUUUACUUGAUGAUGAAAUGAGCGAAGAAGCUAAACAAGCUGAACUUGAACAAGAAAUUAUUAGUCGAGAAGUUGUUGUUAUGACUAUACCAAAAAGAAGGUUAACAGUUGUUAAUGCAUGA